GGUGGCGCGAAGCUGAUCCUGCAGUGUUAGCCUGGUGUGGUGACGGGCAGGGAGGAGUUCAGCACGCUCACUGUCCCAGCGGUAUACACACACAAACACGCACACGUACACACGGACGCAACACCUCAGCUACACGUGCGAACAAGCUGAGCGUGUUGCUGCUUUUCUGCGGCUUAGUAUUGUCAAUAGAAUCUUUUGAAGCGUUUCGAUUGCUCGUGUUUUAGCGUUUCGGUAAAACAUAUUAAAUUCCGCGGCUCAAAGGAUGCCCAGUUAACGUGACAAAAGGAAUGGUUCUGCACUCGUGGUGUUUCUAAUAGAUGCGUUCGCAGGUAAACCCUCAUCAUGGGUCUCAUAAACGUACAUGUAACUACCUGAAUCACGAAUGGUCGCCCUGUCAACACGAAAGUCUCAAGGGAUUACGUUACAAGCUUGUGUUGAGAAAGGAGAGUUCGGGACCAGCAACUCUAGUGAGAAUUAAGAAAGAAAGAGUGAGAUACAAAACAUCUAAAUUAGUGCUUGCGUGAACAUGAUGCCCGAAGGUUCACCAGGGAGUCUCGGGAGGUUCCAGGGCCUCCCGGCGGGGCAGUGGAGCGCCGACCCCGACACGGGCGUCGUGGCUCUGACGGAGGCGGCGCUGGCCAGGCUCAUCAACCCCGACCCCAUCGACAAGUGGUACAUCCUCGACCCCGAACCUAUAGCAAGGGGACAGUUCGCCGUGGUGUACCACUGUCGACACAGAAUCACCGGGGAAGAGUUUGCCGCGAAGUUUUCGUCCAGAUGGCGCCUCGGAGCCGACUGCACCGCAGAUAUUGUCCAUGAGAUUGCCAUCUGUGUGAUGUUGAGGCCUACACCAAGGGCUGUACAACUGCAAGAUGUUUUCAAGACCGACGCAGAAUUUGUCCUUGUCAUGGAAUACGCUGCCGGCGGCGACCUGCAGACCCUACUCGACGAGGACAUGGUGCCCUAUGAACGUGACGUCAUCAGCUUCACCCGACAGCUCCUGGAGGGACUCGUCUUCAUCCACGACCAAAACAUCGUCCACCUCGAUAUCAAGCCGCAGAACUUGGUCCUGAUGGGAGAGUUCCCAGAAUGCGCAGUCAAGUUGUGCGACUUCGAGAUCUCGCGCAAGUUGACACCCGGGCGAGAAGUGCGUGAGAUCCUCGGAACACCGGACUAUGUUGCCCCUGAGAUUAUCCUGUACGAACCCAUCACUACCAGGACUGAUAUGUGGAACAGUAAGGAAAGUAAGACGGUCAGUAUAGUGAAUGAUGUAGGGAUCAGAACGUCAGUGAAAAGCGGCGGUGUGAAGAAAAGGAGAAAAGUCCUCGUGUUCUACGGCCUAAGGAUGAGCGCCAAGGAGUGCCUGGACCACCCGUGGAUGAAGGCCGACCUCAGCAAGGCCAAGAUCCCGCUUCAGCCGCCACGAAAGCUCUCCAGCCCGACGUCUCCCUUGACGACGUCGACGCCCGUGUCGAGUCCCCAGCCUCGUUCCGCCCUCCCCAGCACGAGCUCCACGCCCACCAAUCAGACUCUCAUCUCUGCCCUCUCUGACAUCGUCACCUCCGACGCCCGCGAUCUCUUCAACAGAUCUCAUGGUUCUCACAGCAACACGCCGGUUCUGCCGCCCAUUCAUCCUCUCAGUGGCCAGAGGUCCUCGGCUGUCAAUUCCACCUACUCUUCCACGAAUUCCCUGUACCGCGGGGGAUCGAGGCAGUCCUUGGACCGCGCGAGGAGUCUCUCGAAGUCUCGCGAAGUUCUCUUCGAGAGGAUGCAGAUGUCCAACCAGAAAAAGACGCUUUCUAAGUCUCGGGAACGCCUCCACGAUGGCCGUCUGAGCUUGUCGCGUUCGGGGGAAGAUAUCUGGUCCUACAAGUCAUUUUCACACUCCGAGGAAUCCUUAUCGAUGUUCAGCUGGUUGAACCAGGAUGACUCUAUUUACAAAAGCUGCAACAGUGUGUUUCUUCCGAUGCUGCCCAUGCUGGAGGAAAACGGAAUGUCAGGACGGCUCUACAAGAGCCUGGCGUCCAUCGACAAGAUCGAUGAGGUUGGAACCGAAUCCAAUGCGGGUAACGACAGACAAGGCAUUUUUGACUCUCGGUUUUCCAUUAACGACGAAGACUAUAACAACCUUAUCACUAGGUACAACACGGCAGUAAACAGCCAUCAGGAGAGCCCUCCCCGAGGCCGGUCGAUGGAGGAGCGGCCAAGGAGAAUGCAGGCAGAGGGUUGGCAUCGGGAGUGCUGCCAGGGAGAGCGCGGCGGCGCGAGUGUCUGUGAUAGGCGAUGUUCUCGCUCAAGUCGUCAGGAGGAGCCUCCAAAGAUACCGAAGACGAACCGGGGAGAACGAGUGAAGCGAGACCGACACAACAGACGCAAAGGAAAGAAGGAAAAGGAAAAACAACGAACCGAAAAAGAAAAACAAAGAACGGAAAGAGAAAAGCACCCAUGUGAGAGGGACAAACAGCGGCCAGAGAGGACACCCAGAGGGACGCACUCCGUAGAACAUGAAACUUCUAAAUCCGCGGAAAAACCGUCUGCUUCAGCUAGAGCGCCAUCGCCAGGGAAGAGGCGAGGCUCCGUUUCUCACAUAGAACAAAGAAUACAGGAGAGACACGAACGACAACAGGAACGACUUGAGAGACAAGAACAAAAAGAAAAGCUGGAACGUCGAGGUUCUGGAAAGAUUGGGACACCCACCACAAAGAGACGAAAUUCUGCGGAGGAAAAGAAGCCUCAAGCUGAAAAGAACCGAAAAAAUAAAACUUGUGAAUCGACCAAAAGCAGUGAUACUAAUGCCUGCAAUAGACUAAGAAGCACGUCACCGUCUAAGAAGCCAAAAGUCAACAAAAGCAAGUCAAUAAGCAGCGAUGGGUCUCCUGCUUCAUCGCUAGAAAGUGUAAAAGAGUUGGAUCUCAAGAGAACGACGCCCAAAAGCAGCGCAUUCAGAGAACCCAAGAAGUCUCCGAGAGGGUCGACCUCGGGUGGAGCAAGCAGUGCACCGGAACCCAGAGAAAGGCGAGCAGAGAUGGACGAAGCUUACGUUUCCUUGGAAGAACCUGUUGAUGAUGGAAUCUUCAGCAGAAGUGAGAGCAUGGACAGCUCCAACACAGUAGAGUCUGACCACACUGUCCAUGCUACCGAUACAUCUUCAGACACUUUAGACCUGACAGUAACUGCCUAUAGUGUCAGUGAAUAUGAACUGAACCAAGAUUGUGAUAUUUCCGGUAUUUUUCCAAGCCUAGAGGAGAAUGAAGUAGAUAAAACAGCCGAGGAAAACACAGAGGACGAAAAGAGCGCGAUGACUUGUGUAAAGGCGUCGUCCUCGGAGAGUAUGGCGGAGCUCACAGCGAUCCACGAAGAGGAAGAGGACGAGAAAAGCGUAUUCACAAGGUCCGUCUCUACAAGCAGUGACAUCGGCAGCAUGCUUAGUGAGAGCAGCGAGGUCGAAAAGGAUGAUUCAUCGACCAAGAACCAAGACAGCGACGCCUCAGCCGCCUUGUCAUGGAGGCAGCGCGGGAGGUCCAUGAGCAUGCAGCCCUGCGACCCCCCGCCUUUCUCACACCUCCAUCUGUGUAGGUCCAACUCCUUCAACCUCGUGAUGCCCAUCGGGGGUUUCGGGGCUGCCCCCUGGGGGGAUGUAUGCGAUGGAGCAAUAAGGCGAGCACUUGAAAUGUUCAAACUGAAUUCCUCAGACCUCACUUCGUCAGGCAGGAACAUGCAAGAAAGACGGUCAUCUCUUCAUAGUCAGUAAGGUUUUGCCAUUCACUUUCUUGGUAAUGCAAGACUGUGUUUACAGUCCAGUCCAAUGUUGGUGGCACGUUCAAGCAUGCACGGAUGCACUGCAUUAGCUGAUCACUAUACUAUGAGUGUAGUCUUUAAGCAUUUGUGUUUUGAAUCAGUGAUUAGUGAGAAUGCCUUUCCCUCCUCGUGUAUAUUCCUGAUCAGUUGAUAAAUUGAUAAAGUAUCAGUGAUCUUAAAUGAGGCUAUAAUCAAUAUACUGAUAAAACAAUAGACUGUUUAUGAUUAUGUGUAUAUUUGCAAGGCUAGGUUAACUCGUUCACUAGCAACAAUCGUUCAUAUUUGUGUGAUGCAAGUGAUGGAUUUUAAGAAUGAAAUAAUUGGCAGCGAUGGUUCUUGACGAGCCCGAAUGAACGGUGGGCUGCAACUUGAGGCAAGAAGGCAGCCUGUGUGUAUAAAAUUAUGUAUUGUGUUUAUAAAGCUUGUGAAUAGUUACUUCCUCGACUAGCACUAGAAUGAAAGUGCCUGGAAUAUGGUAAACAGCUUUAAGCUAUGUAAAUAAAAUACUCCUGAAAUAGUGUAUAAGGAUACUGGGUGUUGGUGAAGGUGUCCUCACUUCUUAACAUAUUAUGUUUUCGAGACCAGUUGUUUGUAACCCGGAUAUUUUUUUUCAAAUGUUAUUUUUCCUUUUUUCUAUGGAGCAUUUACAGCUUUAAAACUCACUUUUACCUUGGCUUAGUAAUGAUUGGCAUAACAGCUUUGUAUGUAAAAUAUAAUGGGUGUCCAGUGAUCAACCCUUUGAGCCCUCAGUGACAUAGAUCAGUAAAGCCAGGGACCCAGUUUGUGACGUCACACGUGUUCCCUGUCAGUCUUGCAACUAUGUCAUGAGUAUCAAAGCUUAGACCCGUUGAUGGCAUCGUAAAUGACAAGGAUUAUAGGUAGCAUAUGUGUUAUGUACGCACGUGGUACCAUAGUUAAAGUUCAGGACCUUGGUUAGAGUUGUAUAAUGACUUCGUAAAUAGUUGUAAUCGAAGCUGUUGUAUAUGGAAUAUGAAUAUUUCACCUGAUUUGUUUAUGACGUCAUGAAAGGUCUGAGCACAAGGGUAACAUCAAAGGUAUCUAUCACAGAGGCUACAGUCCGCUCGUAAUGUCAUUGAGGCUAAGGAAUACAUACAUAAUAUGGCGUUACAGCGGCAUAGCUACUCAGCUCGGGUGACGCGGCAUAAUAGCACGAAGGCCUAAGGCUCGACGUACCUCGGGGUUUAAGGGAAUGAUGUUGGAAUAACAUUUGUCGAAGUCCCUCGACGCAACAGAACGGACCCUUGCUUUUCGGUCGAUCAUACAUAUAAACGUCGACCUCGUUGUUCCUGAUUUUUCCACAACUGUUCUGUUAGUUGUUCUGUCUCAGGUUUCAUUCAUCAGAUGUAUAUUUUUUAUAUGAUGGAUAUUUUUAUUUAUACAUCAGAACUCUCCCCCCACCCGAAAAGUGAGACCGACAAUGAAACCCGGAGAUACGGUCCCAGCCAGGCCGCAACACGUACUUAACAAGGCAUAACUAGGCUGAACUGAUUGAAGUCCUGCUAGUCAGUGUACCAUUAGCUUCACAGGCAUCGUAGCGAAGUGAAGCCAACCUGAGCACAGGUAGGAGAACCACGACUGGCGACAAUUAAAGGCUUCUCCUACUCCGGAGAAAAUAAUUUCUCCUCAUGAAAGGAGAAGCUUGAUUAAAUGUCCCAUCAGCUGUUAAAAGAGGGUUUACGUGAAUGGGUUUGUGGUCGUCGCUUAUACACUCACUCCUGAAUGCACGUGUGUACAUCAGUGCAUAUGAGCAACGGCAGACAGAGAAACGUACACACACACGCCAAUAUUUUUAUACACUUACACAUUAUUGGCCGCUCAGUGUUCAUAGCCCUCACCCCCCUCCUCCUGUAACACCUCCCCCCCGCCCCUCUCCCUCUCCCCCUGGCACAGGUCGGCGACCGCGAAUGCUGGAUGCGUCACAGAUUUAGUUUCAAGUCAGCUGGAACCAAAGUAGGUGUAUAAAAUCCUGUAAUAUUAAUGUUACUUUACGGUGAUCCAGGACACUAAAUAAUUGGAUAUGAAAUAUAAGAAUGUAUAUGUA